AUGUCAUCAUCUCCAUCUGUGAUCGAUACACUUGCUACUACUCAAAGAUUUUUAACAAUCUGCGCCUAUCCAAUAUGGAUUACAUUUGGAAUUAUCGGAUGUUUACUCAAUCUCGUCAUAUUUUCUCGUCCACACCUACGAACAACUUCAUGCUCUAUUUACUUCUUUGCAGCAUCUGUGGACCAUUUGAUGACAUUAAUUGUUGGCAUCGGACCGGUCUUGUACACUCUCGGUGCUCCCAAUCCACAACUACAUUCCAUUGUAUUUUGUAAAAUACGAGGCUAUUUAUUUCAAAUAUGUUUAAUGCUUUCAAGGUGGUUUGUUGCUUUUGCUUGCAUUGAUCGUUAUGGAUUAACUUCAGAAAAAACUCAUUUAAGGAAUUUUUCGAAAUCCAAAGUAGCCUAUCGUGCUAUUAUUGUUAUUACCAUUUUCUGGUCCAUUAUUUGUACUCAUAGACUUAUAUUUUAUGAGAUCUAUGGGAAAGUAUGUGGUAUUGUAAAUAAUAUGAUAGCAGCUUUUUAUCAUAGUUUCUACGUUAUUAUUGGAGGUGGUGUUUUGCCAGCAACGAUUAUGAUUCUAUGUGCAUGGCUUAUUCGUCGUAAUCUUGCGUCGAGACACCAAAUACGAGCAAGGCUUGCAUUAGGUGAUCGUGGGAAGAGAAAGCUUGAUCAACAAGUUCACAAAAUAUUGUUCGCACAAGUCUUUUGUUAUAUUAUAUUUACGAUUCCUCAAUUAUGCAAUUUAGUUUUCAGUACAAUCUCAAUUACGAUUCCUCAUAGAUCAAGUGAACAUUUAGCUAUUGAAGCAUUUGUUGCAUUCAUCGCCGAGUUUAUGCUAUAUUUAUUUCCAGUGACAUCAUUCUAUUUAUACACACUCACGUCGCGUACAUUUCGGAAAGACUUAAUGCAGUUUUUUCGUUCAUUAAUAGAUCGAAAUCGUCGAAUUAUGCCAGGACUUAGUACUACCGUUACUUGUAAUAAUAUCGAACAUCGACAAACUACGAUGAUUGGUUAA